GGUUGGGAGGAUUUGGACUGGUCUUGGAAAUGGAAUUCUUGUACAACUUGUGCCAAUAUACCUUGCUGAGAUUGCCCCCAAACAACAUCGCGGUAAACUGGUCAGCUUGAGUAUAGCUACAGGUUGCUUCUCUGGUGAAUAUUGGGGUUGAGGGGUUGUCGUUUGGUUGGAGAAUGUCGCUGGGUCUACAGCUGAUUCCUGCCUGCUGUCUCUUAAUUGGAUCACCGCUCAUUCCAGAGUCACCAAGUUCUCUUACAGAUGGCAUGUCAAAAAGAACAAGCCACACAAAGCUCUCAAGACUUUAAAGAGAAUCUUCAAAGAUGAUCAAGUUGGGGCGUCUCGACUGGAGGACAUAUCAGCUUCUUACCGGAAAUCCCAGCUCGCUCAAGAAGACGCUUUGGCAGACUUGCUUGUCCUGGGACAUUGCACACAGGUUGUUCUUGGGAUUCUUUUUGCUGUUUCUGGGACGGUUCAGUGGAAUGCCACUAGCUGUGUAUUUCUCAGUUUCCAUAUUCUGUAAGAUCGGCACGUCUGGUUUCAUUGGAGGGGCAAUCAUUUCUUUGUCUCAAUUAAUCUCACAACUAUCAGUACUACUCAUUGCCGACAGGCUGGGUCGCAAGUUGAUCAUUCUGUGUGGGUAUUUGGGAAUGGGUGUUUGUCUGGUAGUGGCCUCAGGGCUCAUUCUGGGGUUUGGACUUGAGGCAGACCAGCUCUCCUCUGACAGGACCAUCGUAGGAUACUUUGUCGUGGCUUGUCUCGCUCUGUUUGUCGCUGUUGGUUCAUAUGUUGUGAGUCAGAGUUGGACUGUUGUUAGUGAGAUGUAUCCAUUAAAGAUAAAAGGUGUGUCAAUGUCAGUGGCAUCUGUCGGGUGGUGGGUUGGUAAUAUUGUGAGUGGGGAGAUCUCUCCUUUCCUCCUCUCCUCUUCUUUGGGCACUGCCGGGACUCUCCUACUCGACACCAUCAUCUGUGCCCUCAUUUUUAUAUUUGUACUGCUACUAUUGCCAGAGACUAAGCAAUUGAGUCUGGAGCAGGUGGAUCAACUGUUCUCCACCCCCUGGUUACAGAGGACCAACCCUCUCUACUAUCUCACUUUUGGUCGUGUCAACAAAGUUCAAGUGUUGGCUGUCUCCAGCUCUGGGUAAAUCGGUUAGGAAGAGAAACGCCAAUGGCUUCCGGCUAAGGUUUGGAACUUUGUCUAUAGAUAGUUUGGCUAUCUUAUGAAAGGUUCGAUGUUCCUUAAAUAUCUACACAUCCUCCGCAGUGCUCAAAUUGCUAGUUUUUAGUGCCGUUCAGUUAGGGAGAGAUUUGAAGAAAAUCUUAUGGCUAAGGUCCAAAAAUUACACGUAGUAAGCUAGCUUGAAUAAAUUAUCUAACUUUUGAUAAGAAAAAUUUGUCCAGAAAUACUUUAGUUCCGGAGAUAACUGAUGUUACGUACAUUUUUUUACGAUCACCCCAUUAUCACCUAAAAUUAUUUCCCACUACAACAACUUUUGGGGAAAUAAUAUUUUUAAAUCAUGUUGUAGCUUAUUCACUAUCAGCACAAUUUCCAUUCAUUUCACUUUUUUUUUCAACCUUGUACAAAAUGUUAUCUCUAAAUCAACGGGUAGAUCUAGAAUAUAUAGGGCAGUUAAUUUUGGAUCUUUCAUUGCCGAUAGCGUCAAUACUAUGUGAUAAGUAGUGCUUGGCAAACAAUAUUAUGCUAGCAUAAUUUUUAGAAUACCGGUAAUAGGGAGACUUCUAGGAACUAGUAUAAUUGAUAAUAGGCACAAAAAAAGCAUAAUUUGUCAAUUAGGCCUAGUGAUAAGUUGAAGUAGCAGUCAAAGCAAGAAUGUUUACUGACGUAUAGGUAUUAGACUAGGCCCUGAUAAAUUAUGCUUUUUUUUCACCCAUUAUACAUUCUUGAAAAUUGUGCCUAUUAUUCUCAUAAAAAAUCCGAUUAUUCUCUGAUUUUUCCCCAAAAAUGUAAAUUAAGACGUAGAAAUAAACACAACACACAACUGUAUCGUGUUAUCUCGCUGAAUUGCCAUAAUUAGAAGGGCGGCUGAUUCAUGAGACUAAAUAUUCACCGGCCUUCAGCCAUUUUUUGCCAUGAAAACAUCGUUAUGCAAAACUUAAUGUAAUGAUCUUUACCAAAAAUGGACAUUGAUGCCCUUAGACACCUAUGCUAAAAUUAUUCCGAGCAUAAAUUUAUCAGGGCCUAUAUUAGACUCUGCAUUUAUCUGAUUCCUGAACAUUUUCUAAAAUUAUCUCCCCAAGUCUUGACACAGUAGCUACGUGUGCUUCAGCAACAAAAGUCGCUAAAUUUUGUUGGUAAACAUCCUAUUAUGUUACAAUUUAUCUAUAUAUAUACGUGUAUGUGCACAUUUCCUUAACGCAAUUUUGUCUCUCGUGCACAUCUGUAUUAACACCUUCUCCACACACAUGUCAAGUGCAUGCUUAGAAAACUUUUGCCUAUAAUAUUAUUAUGAUCUAAUAUUCAAAAAUGUUUCCAUGGCAACAUAAGGUGGUGGGUUUGUGGUGAAACAAUUGCAAUUAGCAGGCCUAGUUGGCGACCUAGCGUUAUUUUAGAGACAAAUCGGCCCGAGAAGGAGGCUAGCCAUUGCACAUGCAUGCAAAAUUAUUACAGUAUAGAAAUCGAUUACUGCCAU